GGGUUUAUGUGCUCGUAGUGAUCCCCAAGCUGAUCCAUAUGGAAGGGAAGGCCAGGUUCCCGUUGGAAAUGACACAUAUCUCCUAUGCCAUAUCACUUACUUAGUUAUUGUUAUUGAAUACUAUAUGAGUCCAUUUGCCAUAGAUCCAAUGAAUGGCCACAUGGGUGUCCUGGGGUGUCUUAACGUUGGCGCCAGUGAAAUUCUUACUUUUUAUGCAAUUAUGGCUAUUAAUCAGGGUAAUUUUGAAGGGCAGUUGAAGAUUAAAAAAGAGGCCGCUCAUUGCGAAUUUAUUUUCCACAUUAUUUAUGAUAUCAUAUCAAUCUUUGGUGGUGAGGGAUGUCAUCAUGAAGCAAUAGAAAAGAAUUUUAGUUAUGAAAUUAGUGUAGAAAAUAAUGAAUUAGUAAGGAAAAGUGAGAAAUGUAAUGAUUAUUUGAUUAUUAUUAUGAAACGAAAAAAUUCAAGUGAAAUUUUUGAAAAUCCUAGUAAAAAGGUAAAAGUAAAUUGUGAAAUUAUAGAUAUUUGCGAUAAGUACUAUUUAAUAUUGAUGGAAGAAUACAGAAUUAAAAGGAAUGAAAGCUUACAAAAGAAACGAGAUGAAGAAUACGAUAGUGAAAUAGCAAUUAUUGAAGAAGAAAAUUCGGAGGAAGAAAGAUAUGAGAUAAAUGGUGAUGGAAGAGUAGAUUUGCAGGAAAUUAAGAAUUGA